AAAUGCUGUGUUCGAUCACAGCCAGCAGGGCAAGAUGGCGGUCCCUACAAAACAGUACGGGCUGAUAUUGUCACAAAAGAAGGGAGCAUCAAAGACGCUGCAGAAACACUCAGUGUUCGAGGAUGACUCAGACGACGAGACCACAGUUGGGGAGAGUCUGCAGAAAGAAGCAGUCAAAAAGAAGAUGAUGAAGCAGACACGUCUGGAGAUGCAUAAGGCUCUGGAUCAGGACAGCACUGUAUACGACUAUGAUGCUGUGUACGAUGACAUUCAAAAACAGAGACUUGAGAGCCACAAAAAAAUUCUGGGAGGCGGCGACAAAAAGCCAAAGUACAUCCACCAGUUAAUGAGAGCCGUUGAAGACCGAAAGAAAGAACAAGACCGAAGGGAAGAGAGGAAGAUCCAGAAGGAACGGGAGGAAGAGGGAGAGAAAUUUGCAGAUAAAGAAGCUUAUGUUACCUCAGCCUACAAGAAGAAACUGCUGGAGCAGAAGGAGGAAGAGGAGAGAGAGAAAAGAGAGGCAGCGAUGGAAGCUGCUUUGGAUGUGAAGAAACAAAAAGACCUGAGCGGCUUCUACCGACACCUGCUGAAUCAGACUGUCGGAGAGGAGGCGAUACCGGAUCGUUCUGCAAACAAGACUCAAAACUCAAAAGACACAGAGAGGACAUCACCUGUUCCCUCACCUACGCCCCAUGACAACAUCCCUAGUUCAUGCAGCGACAGUGAGGAGGGGCACGAGCAAAAGUCUGGGUUCAGCAAGCCCGGGGCCGGCUCUGCACACUCCAAACGCCAAUACCGACAGAGGUCGCCUUCGUCUGGAAGCGGAGAGGAGAAGGAAAGGGAGAAGGAAAGAGACCGACAGAAGAAGAGCCACAGAGAUCAAGACAGAGACAAAGGACGGGACAGAGAGAGAGACAGAGAGAGAGACAGAAACAGGGGAAGGGAAAGAGACGAUCGGCACGGAGGAAGAAGAGAUGACAGGGACAAAAGGAAAGACAGGGACAGAGACCGAGGCAGAGAAGAAGACAGAAGUAGAGGCAAGGAUGGGGACAGGGAAGACCGGCACGGUAAGAGAGAGAGGAGCCCAAAAGAAAGGGAGAGGGAUAAGAAUGGGGAAAGAGAGAAGAGGAGGAAUUCAGAUAAAGACAGGCGCAAAGACAAAGAUCAGGAAGAAGAUAAGGAGAGGAAGAAGGAGCCGGAGAAGGAGAAGGAGAAGGAGAAAGUGGUGAAGAAGGACGAAAAAGAGCCAGAAAAGAACGAAGCGGUUGGAGAACACGGAAAGGAAAAAGAAGAGAAAGAGGAGGACAAGGUGAACAAGUUUGCAAAGCGCAGCACGGAUCAGACUGUGACCUCGGCGAGAGACCGAUACAUGGCGAGACAGAUCGCUCGCUCAGCCUGUAAGUCUUAUAUAGAGAAAGAGGAGGACUGAGAGCUGAGCAGCCAACGAAAACAGCCCUGAACUGCACACAACCUUUAUCUCAAGGAUACGGCUAAUGUUUUAUGUCUAUCUUACAACAAAUCCCAUGAAAAGACCAAAAGCAAAAAUGAGUUAGUUUCUUCAUCUUUCAGGACUUUCCUACUUCACUUUUUCUGUUUGUUACCCAAGACUAGGCAUGUCCGGAUCUUUUUUUCUUUUUUUGAGUCAUUUAAUAUUGAGUAUCUAUUGAUAGCAAGUCCUGAAUCAAUUGUGUUUUUUCAUAAAUAAUGUCAGUGUUAGCUGCACAAAAUGUUGAAAUCACAGAACAGACUAUUCUGCUGUGGACGCGGGUAGUUAGGAUCAGAAAAAAUUAUUUUCAUGGCUCACUGAUUCUUUAAACAGCUGGGCACUGUAGUUUUUAGUAAAUGUUUUUCAAACAGGACUAAAUAGUGCGUAUGUUGGGGACCAUUUUCUGCGGUGGAUUGAUACACAUUUGAUAAACCAGUGAGUAUUUACAGCACCAGUAUGGUCAUGUUGAAUUGAAUUCAAAUAAACUUUAGUGACCAUGAUAGCUACACAGACUUGUUAAUUGGGUAAUUUUUAGUCUUUUCAUGGAAUUUAUUGUAAAUAAGAGAAAUAUUAAAUAUUGCCAACUUUAUCCUCUAACUGCAGAGUUCCCCAAACACUGCAGCAGACAGAACCAAACAGUAUAGUGAUGAUAAAGAGAAACCUGGACUCUGUGUUUGUUUUGGACUUGAAAUGUUGGAUUUUUGAUUUAUUAAUGUGAAAUGAGAACACUCGACUUGUAAAUUUGAGUUUUGACAGAGAGCAUCUUGUAACAUCACACACAGGAAUAUGAGUGUAAAUAGGAAAUUUUAUCUUAUAAUUACUUCAGAUGACAUGUGAGCCAUCGAUGUUGUGUUUGAUGACUUUUGUAUCUUUCUCAUGUACUCAGUGAGGAGUUAAUAAAUUCAUCUCUGGUCCACA